ACGUCAGUGGCCGGCCCGAGUUGGCGCCGCACUCCGCGCUAACGUGCGCGGCGGCAGACAGUGCGGCGACUCGGCACGGGCCGCGGCGGUACUGUGUGAGACAGCGCGAUACGCGGUGCGCCGAGAUACCGCGCCGCCGAGAUGUUUGUCGUGUCGGCUUUGUUCGGACGCAAGUCCGCCGUCCGCCGUCCGCAGGAGCAGACAGCGCCGGACAGCCACCGUGUCACCAGGAGGGCAAUUUUUCCAGAAGACACUUUCUCAUCAGACGUGAUGUUGUAUGUUUUCCUGGUAAACACAGGUCAUACGCUGACAUUUGAUAUGCAGCUGGCCAUGCAAACUGUGGCUGUGCUCAAGAGCAAAAUUGCUGAAAGCAGCAGGAUCCCUCCAGAUAAACAGGUGCUGCUGAUUAGUGGAGGAGAGUGGCUGGACAGCGAAGCACGUGUCGGCAGCUACUCUGCGGGCACAGACACCAGCCCCAUCUUCCUGUUCUCCAAGCAGGGCGAGCCGCCACAACUGAUGCCUCCCACUGACACGAUGCAGACCAGCGAUGAGAUUGAGGACCAGGUGGCCGGGUCUCUGACGCUGCCUCCCAGCUACUCCACCGUCGUAUCACGCUCACAGCUGGCCCAGCAGAUCUUCGAACAGGGAAAAGAACAGGUGCGGCAGUGUGACCAGCUGAUCCAUGAGCAGCACAUGCAGCAGCAGGGCUGGUCGGCUGUGGUGGCCAACACGGAUGAUACCUCACAGCAACUGGAGAACACGGGCGUGUCGUUCACGUCCCAGUUCGAGAAGUACCUCACCGAGCGGCCGGCGCACUACGAGCUGGUGGCGGCGUUUGAGUCAGACCUCCAGCUGCUGGCGCGCAUCCCUAUGCUGGCAGAGCUGGGUGGCUCGCUGAGCAGCGGUCCGAUCCCCGAGGGAACGUCACUGCUGGACUGGAUCAGCACUCACGAUACCGGGCGGCUAGAGGAUGUGUGCGAGGGCGCCGAGACGGGUCUGGAGCAGCUGAACCCGGACCUGCUGCAGAAGAUGACUACCGAGCUGCGCCAGCUGCUCGACCCGGCCGUCAACGCCGAGAUGACAGAGAUCCGCGGCCUCGAGGAGCGCCUGAUGCGGCUCGACGAGCUGCGCCACCGCGCCCAGACCACCGUCUCCGAACAGAAGGAGCUGGCCAAGGCGUUCAUCCAGAACCAGGCGCGCGCCAGCUGCGUCAACGACCCGUCCGUGCUGCCCGACCUGUGCGCCUCGCACUGCACGCAGCUGCAGGUAAUGCUGGAAAAACACAAGGUGCUGGUGGACGCGCGGCGUCGCUGCGCCAAGGCGAAGGAGGAGCUCUCGAGCAACAUCCACGCCCGGCUGGCCUGGGUCAUCAGCGUGCAGCGGCGCAUGAACGAGCUGACCGGCACCCUUCUGCUCAACUCGGAGCGGCUCAAAAAGCUCAGAGAACAGCUGGCUAUCCUGGCGACGCUGCACCAGGCGCCCACCUUGUACCUGACGGCCGUGGCUGAGGUGGUGCGCCGGCGCCAGUUCACGGGCCGGUUCCUGGAGUGGGCCGGCACCAUCGCCGGUCACGCGGCCGCCGUGCACACGGCAGAGACCGCCGCGCGCGCCCGCUUCACCGCCACAUUCCGGUCGCACUUUUUCCGCUCGGUAUUCCCGGGCCUGGAGCAGGUGCCGCCGCCGUUCGCUGCCGUCUGUCCGGCCGACUACGACGCCCGGCUGCCGGUACUGGGUGAUCAACAUGUUCAGCGGCUCCGGGAGGCGGUGCCGGAGCUGGCGCACCUGCUGGACGUGCCGGAGGAGCGGCCGCCGCUGCCGCUGCCCGGAGCGGCUGGCAGCGCGCCGCCGCACCACGGGCCCGCCGUGCAGGAACUCAGGGACGGCCUGCGCGCCGUGGCCAAGGCUGUGAAUGAGGAGGUGGUGCAGUUCGGGGACGCGCUGGGUGACGCGGGGAACCGGCUGGCGCGCGCAGUGGCGGCGGUGACGGCGGCGGAGAGACAGAGAGCUGAGGAGCUGAGGCAGAGGGUACAGUCCCUGGAGGAGCAGCUGGCGGCGCAGAUAUCCGAGCGGGAGGCAGAACAGGCGGCGGCCGGCGCGGCGCACGAACAGACAGUGCGCCAGCUCACCCUGGAGCAAACCGUCGAGCUGGAGCGCGCCGAGGAGCGCGUCUCCCGCCUGGAGCAGGAGCUCGAGGAGCAGCGGGUGACGGCCGGCCGGCUGCGCGCCCAGCUGGAUGCCGGGUCCGACCGAGAGCGUAUCGUGGCCAUCCUGGAGGCGAGCUUCCAGGAGCGCGAGCGGAAGGCGGUGGAAGCGUGUGCCGACCGGCUGCGGGCCGAACAGGAGGCCGAGCGGCGAGCCGCCAAGGAGGCGCACGACGCUCAGCUGCAGAGGCACACGGACGAGCAGCGCACCAAACUCAUACUCGAGUGGAAGGAGGUAAGCGAGAAGCAGAAGCGCGAGAUCGAGGAGCGGGCGGCGCGCCACGUGGCCGACCUGCAGGCGGAGCAGGCGCGCCAGGCCGAGCGGCAGGCAGCGCAGGCGGUCGCUGAGAAACAGGCGGCCGUGCAGGCGGUCACCGAGCGACUGAGGGCCGAGCACAGGGCCGAGGUGCAGGCGCUCCGAUCCCGGUUCCGUAUGAUGACAUCCAACCUGGGCUCCCCGUCGGACGGCAGCUCGGAGAACCUGCCGGUGGGCUCCCCGCCAUCAGAGGGCGGCGCUCGGCAGCGCACCGACUCGGGCCGCCGGCUGCCGACGCUGGCCGAGCGCGACUCGCUGCUGGAGCAGCUGCGCGGCGCGCGCAGGGACGUGCUGAGCGCAGCGCGCGCGCACCCCUCGGCCGAGCUGCAGCGCGCCGCCGAGCGACUGGCGGACGGCGAGACGCGCCUACUGCAGGCCGAGACGGCCGCGCUGGCGGAGCCGGCCGGCGGCUCCGAGCCCGGCCUGGACGCGCAGAGCGUGCGCAGGCUGCAGCGCGACAAUGAGCGGCUGCGCAUGCAGCUGUCGCGCAGCACCAGCGGCCUGCUGGAGCGCGGCCAGGUGUCCAUCAUGAGCUGCAACGACGGAGACCUGGUGCUGAUCGUCUGGGACGGCGACCGCAUGCACUACCGCGUCUACCAGGAGGCCUCCUUCCUCUUCUUCGUGCACGCCGACUGUUUGGAGGCGCUGGGCCUGCAGCAGCAGUCGCAGCAGCAGCAGCAGCGCCGGCAGUAUGCAGUCGCAGAGGUCGUCAGCCACGAGUUCUGUCAGGCGCGCAAGGAGGGCAACCGGUACCGGGUGCCGCGCGGCACGCGAUUCUACAGGGUGCGAGUCAAGCCGUGGACUCGGCCGGCCUCCUCGGGCACUGCCGCCGCCGCCGGUGCCGGCAGCAGCAGCAGCGCUGUCUCUGAGCUGUCCGCCUCCACCCGGCGGCUGUCGCUCCGGUCAGCCGAGUCUGUGGAGUCACAUGAGGCCGCCUCGUAGGGAGCGGCGGCGCGGUGCAAAUGAUUCGGGUAUGAUAGAGCUUUCCGUGAGACUGGAGGUGUCUGCGCCGAGACUACAGCGUGUGCUGUGUAUUCCGUCAGACUGGCGACGUAUGCGCGUGAAUUCUAUAUGCACAAUAUCCGCCGAGGUUGACCUCGGCCAUUUCCAGUGUUCGUUUUUACUAACCGACUGCGGUGCGGGUGAGACUGCCGCUGAUUGUGUAUUCACCAGUAUUGUGCUUUAUCGGUGACUUUGCCCGCCAAUGUGCGUAUUUAACCUAUGGUGGGGCGUCGGGUGACCAUUUGGGUGGCUGGCCAUUUAUUGUGCUUGUGCUUUGGCCGCUCACCAUCCAUGUAUGAAUUGAAUCACGAGCGAAAUAAAUACAUUGUACACCAAGUGCGA